GCGUAACUCUAGUCGCACUGAGUCAUUAGUGGUGCAAUAACUUUACCUUCGUUGGUAUGUGUUGUCAAUGUUGGAGGUAGAUUGUAAUUGACCAUGUAUGGGAUUCAAAACGGGCGAUAAUUGCAGUAUCGACCAGGUGUGUUCUAUAUUUAGCAACGAUUACAACUGUGACAAAUUCGCUUGGAUUAUAAACAGUGGAGCGGCGGGGAGAGAAUGUACUGUUUGAGGAAGUAAACAGCGGAAACUUGCAGGAAUCUCAUCUUGAAGAAGAGUAGCAUCGCUCAGCAGUCAGCCGAAGCCGAGGCUAAAAAUAACCCACUAACGACUCGCCAGAUUUUCCUCACUCUGCUAUUGUGGAGGGAGAAGAUACACAGAAGCCUAACUGUGUUCCGCCUUGCAAUGACGUCACAUGAUCCAGACUUGUUGCGUGAGGUACGAGAGUAUCUUCAUUCCAACAACGAUGCUAUGACCUCCAAGCCGAUCCCCCAGGGAGCCUAUAGUCUGUUUAGCUUCCCUGCCACCCCCAAACACAAGCAUGAUGAAGUGUACCCAGGGAUUAUCCUCGGUGACCACUCGGCGGCCCGGAGCAAGGAGGACUUGAAGGAGAUGGGCAUCACACACGUGGUCAACACCUGUAUGGGAGCCAAGUUCAAUAUGAUUGACACAAGUGCUGAAUAUUUUAGUGAUGUUGGAAUCAAGUUUUUUGGUUUCCCUGGGAAGGACAUUUUUACAUACAACCUGAGUCAGCACUUUGAGAAGGCAGCUGAUUUCAUUGACAAAGCUCUUGCAGACAAUGGGAAGAUCUACAUCCAUUGUAUGCAGGGCAUCAGCAGAUCAGGGUCCACAGUAUUGGCAUUUCUCAUGUUGAAGCGCGAUAUGCCUCUGAAAGAGGCUGUGAAAUUAGUUCGAGCCAAGCGAGAGAUCUUCCCCAAUGACGGCUUUCUAAAACAGCUGUGUGAGCUCAACAAGAAGUUGCACGAGAAGCCAUCUUGACGUCUGCUGAAUCCAUAUAGUGACUUGAGUGUACAGACCUACAUAUCAAUCAUGUCCAGACCAUAAUGAGAUUGGUAGAGGAUUGAAACUCAAUUCCUUUUCUACUCCCUCUGUACCUGUACUUUCUUAUGUUUUCCUUUUCAAGGGAUUAUGAGUAACACAGUGAUUUAAGUGUUCGCUUGUCACAUAGAAGAUCUGGGUUUGAUUCCUCACAAAAGCCCAUUUCUGUGAUAUUUGAGAAUGUCCUAGGUUGUAUGAGGGCCAUGUCAGGGACACUGUGACAAUCUAUCCUGGUUUCAUCAGCAUCAGGGCGUACUGGGCUGUGUAAGAGUGAAUGUUUCAGUUUAGUUUUACACCGCUUUUAGCAAUAUUCUAGCAAUAUCAUUGCGGAGUACAACAGAAAUUGGCUUCACACAUUAUACCCAAGGGAAUCGAACUCGGGUCUUUGGCGUGAUGAGCGAACACUUUAACCACUAGGUUACCCCACAGCUUAUGUUGUUUGAGAAUUUCCUGAGUUCCAUCAAAGCAUUUGAAUGGCUUUGGUACUUUCAGGGACAUUGUUGAAAAUGUUAUUAAAUUUGUUAUUAAACUUGACUGACAUUCUCACUUCGUAAUUCUUCUAACAAUUAAGCUUUAAUAAUUUGUUGAUAGAUAUUUUGGCAUCUAUUUUGAUUACUGUUUCCAUGGAACAUAUUUUACUGAGCGUAAUUAGCUUUACUGGAUAAAUAUCAGUGUUAUUUUAUUGAAAUGUAUGUUUUGUUACCAUGUUGAUCUGUUGUUGGAGAGAAACCCUCUCGUGGGGCCUUUCGUGUGUUUGUAUUUGAACCAGCAAAUGAAUCAGAACCAGCAAAUGGGGGCACAUGUUGUUUACGGUGCCUCAAAUCGCUGCAGAGAUUUUUGUGUGUGUUUGCACUUAGGUGGAGCAAUAAACAAAAUGGAUUUGAAGACUUAACAAAAAUAACUUCAGUAUUACAGAACAUGAACAUAGGUUAUUGUGAAAAAAUGUUUUGAAUUAAAUAUUUUAUUGAAAAUUUUAUUUUAAAAAAUGUUUUGAUCCUAUGCACACGCUCACAGAAAUCGGUAGCUCCUCAAUUCACUAAUCAAUUACUUCAUGUUGUACAGUGCACAGAUUUGUGAUCAUGUUGAUUUAAUGCAAAGAUGUCUUCACUGUAGGAAUACAGGUUAUCUUCAGCAACAAUAGUUGUGUAAUGGGAUGUUUAUUUAUCCGUGGAGAUUCUCUUUGUAAUAACCCAUGAACAAAUUCAUUUGGAAACAUUUUAAAUUGUUGUUUUUUUAACAGACGUGCCUUUCAAAGUCGCGUAUAUAUAUCACAAGGGAGACAACUCUGUCUGCCUCGGCAACGCAUAUCGAGCUGGGUUGCUGUCUGUGGUAAUAGUCAGUGAAGUGAGACUAACUUGGAGCAUGUCUCAGUAACAGAGCCUUCAUGAAUAGAUCAGUUAAUCCUUGCUAUCAGCUGGGGCGUAACUUGCAGUCUUUAAAGGGCAUUUAGAAAUUGGAAGAACAUGAAUGCAUGACACUUUUUAUGGAUAACAGAUUCUUUUUUUAUUCUCUAUCACAACAUUUCAAAGCUAAUUCUUGCUCCUUCAUCAGGUGAUAGGGUGUAACAUGUAUGUUGAUCAGUCAACCCUUGCUAUCAGUUGAGGUGCAACAUGCAUGUUGCCCAGUUCACUCUUGCUGUUAGCGCCUAUGUUGCCCAGUUAACUCUUGCCUGCAGGGAUAACCAGAUGUUGUAGUAAACGGCCAGUGAUUCUCUCAGGUCUGUGACUUUUCCAUGUUCCAAGGUGCCUGUCUCACCUCUCAGAGCAUUAUCAGGUUUCAGUGUUGUCACUUUUGGCAGGGAGAAUAGAAGACGUUGUAGGUUAUCCCUGUGGGUUAGUUCUGUGUUGUUUUAUAUCUAUUUUCCUCUUACUCAUGUUUAAUACAUUUUUACAAAAUCACUAAUAUGCUGGAUAUAAAAUAUAUUGUAUCUCGUACAUUUUUACGAAUAAAUAUGUUUCCUACUU